GAUGCGCACGGCGUUCUAGUGUUUUGCCUCCGACUCAAAACAUUGUCAUUGUUUAUAUCAAUUAAUUUUCCUUUUUUGUAAAUAUAAUAAUAAAAAGUCAUUAUGAAACCUACUCCAGUGGCUGACGAGAUGUUCCCCGAAGGUGCGGGGCCUUACAUGGACCUGGAGGAGGCUGGAGGAUCUUUAAAUUUAUUAAUGGAUCUCGCUGCUAAUGAAAAAGCUGUCCACGCUGAUUUUUUCAAUGAUUUCGAGGAUUUGUACGACGACAAUGAUCUCGACUAGGACAACUCCAACAAUCAUCUCCUCCGGAAAUAAUAAAAUAUUUGUUCAUGAAAUAAACAUGGAAACUCUCCCCUUUAUUUGGAAUCGUUCAAUAGCUCGGUGAAAUAAUCAGAAACAUCAAUUCUGUAUUCUUAUAAUCAAUUAAAAAUGGAAAAUAAUUAUGGA